AUGGCUGCUGGAAGAUUGCUACUUUAUGCUGGCCUUUCUUUAGCUUUGUGUGCUCUGGGCAUGCUAGCCGUGGCCAUCUGCUCUGACCACUGGUAUGAAACGGAUGCCAGGAAACAUCGGGAACGAUGCAAAACCUUCACCACGCGGCGGAAUGACCCUGGCUUCAUUUAUAAUUCUAACAAUAACCUGCCCCUCCGUGCCAGUAGGUCAAAGCUGGACCAUUGGGAAGGGAAACUUCUCUUGGCAAGAAACAAGAGGCAACUCUUUGCCAUGAGUGCCGUUGAUGAGUGCAACAGGCAAUAUAAUUCUACUAACAUGGGACUUUGGAGGAAGUGCCAUCGGCUGGGAUUUGACCAAGAUGUGGAGGAACUCAUUGCUAAAGGAGCCAUUGACCAAUGUUCAUACAUCAAGUACCACUACUCCUCAGCAACCAUUCCCAAGAAUCUAACCUACAACAUUACUAAGACCAUCCGUCAAGAUGAAUGGCAUGCUUUAC